AACUCCGAAGAGGUUGCGCUCUGAUGGCAGUACUUUUUCGCACUAGCACUAGGGUGCCAGUGCGAAAAAGCACUGUCCUGGGGGAACGGUCAGCAAGGGGGUGACCUACAAGGAGAUGGUGGAAGGGAUCAAGGUCGGCAUUGUCGACAGAGACCCUGAAGCCAAUCUGUCAGCUGAGCAGCUGGACCUGCUCCAGGGCGCCAUCCUGAGGCAUACCCUCAGGAAGGAGGAAAAGGGAGCGGGAAUCCGCUUCUUGAGCUGCACUCAUAAGCCGGGUUGGCUCAUGAUUAGAUGCGCGGACGAGGCUACUGUCUCAUGGCUUGAAAACUGCUUGUUGCAGAUCAAGCCGUGGGAUGGGGCCAACCUCCGCAUCGUUCAGGGAACGGAGCUGCCAAAGCCCUACGUAUGCGUAGCAUACAUCCCUGAUCCUCCACUAGGAGAUCGACCCUCACAGGAUGAGGUGCUGACAGGUCUGAGUGUGAUGAACCCAGACCUGGAAGCAGAGAGCUGGGCGGUGUUACACCACCAGGUUUCAGGGCCGGGCCGGACAUGGACCUUCUCUGUAGAUGAGAGCUCCAUGUCUAGGCUCAAAGCCCUGAACAUGAUGCCCUACUAUGGUUUCGGGAGGGUUACCUUCCGGGCCAAAGAAAAGGGCAUGGGUGCCGACAAAGAGUCGGACACCCAAACAAAGAAAGAGGAAGGAGGGGCCAAUCCCUCCACCUCCGUUGGCACCUCCAAAGGUGAGCUCGCUGAGGGAGAGAGGUCUAACUCUGCUCCCUCGACGAGCAAAGCGCCGCAGGCGUCCCUUCCCACCGGGGCUCUUCCCAAGGCUGGUAAAACGGCCAGGAAGGGGCCGGCGGUGGGAAGAAAGAAGUAAGCCGCAACAUCUAGUGAUGGCGCGGCUCUUCAAAUGCCUGCAGGCUAAUGUGCAACAUUCCAAGGCUGGAUCCUACCUCCUUGGAAAACGAAUCCUGGACGAGAGGAUAGAUAUCGCCCUCAUCCAGGAACCUUGGGUUACUUCCCGAGGCCGAAUCAACGGCCUCAGUAACCUUCCUGGCAAGGAUUCUGUUCCAGAGAUGUAACAUCCAUCCUGGUAAAACUUCCCAUGGAAACGGGCACUAAAGAACUGGUCAUCUGUUCUGCCUACUUCCCUGGUGAUACCAUGUUCCCCCCGCCAAAUGAAGUGCGAAAAUUAGUUGCCUUCUGCAGGGGGAAAAACCUUCAACUCCUCGUUGCUUGCGAUGCCAACUCCCAUCACACUACGUGGGGUAGCACGGACAUCAACGAAAGAGUUUUAGAUUUCACCUUAUUGCCCCCCCACUUCUUACGCCCAAUCGCCGCCACUGUCUCUGGGACAUCAGCCGAUCUCAGAAUACAAUUGGCGUUGUCCGAUACCAGUGACGACGAAGAAUAAGACUAUUCUGUAGUGAAACGGAUGCUGUUAACAUAACGGCGAUACCAGCCGACAAUCGCAUGGCCGUCAUCCCGCAAAUCCUGAAGGACUAUCUUGAGAGAGUCA